CGAGCGAGUAUACCAAAUAUCUAAUGUUGCUCUCCGAUGGUAAAUCAGUUUUCCGAAAGACAACAUCAGAAACAGACGUACGAUUCGGGUUUGUUUCGAUAUAAAGAACACUUUAAACGUUCUUUAACUUUUAUAUUCUUAGAUUCAAGUAUUCGACAAACAAUUGUUUUUGAUCGUCUACAUAUUCAGCAUUAAUUUAGUUGUAAAACACCAUAGGACUGUCAUCGAUCAUCAAAAGAAAACCAACGAAUUAUCUCAUUUUAUCAGAGCAAAACCAUUCUCAGUUUUGGGUCACAUGUUGUGUUCAAGUGCUAGUGAUUACUAGAGGGAGAGAUAGAGAGAGAGAGAGAGAGAGAGAAAGCAAACAAAAACAAAGUAUAAUAACAACUUUAGAAAUUUUAUUGGCAAGCAAAGUUAAAGACGUGUUAAUUAAAGCAAAUAAAUACAAUUACAAAAACAAUUGUGCUACCGACUGAUCUGCGAAAGAAACGUUCCUAAUCACUGUAAAUUUAUGGCAUAAAUCUUGUGUCGUGACUCAACACAUAAUCUACCAAGUGAAAGACUUUAAGGACCUUUACGGUUCAUUCCAUCACAAACUGAUGUUACAUAAUACACAACAGAAAAGAACAUUACAAAAAGAAAGAACUUCAAAUGUGAAUUGAAACGAAAAUGAAAAAAUGAAUGCAACGCAAAAACAAGUAAGAUACAGAAAAAAAAUACUCACUUAAUCGAUUCGAUUCUCGGUUGCUUCUUGAUGCGAUGAAAUUUAGUUUUAAAUUUCGCUUGCACCGUAAGAAUUGCUUUAAAUUGUUGUGCGCGUGCAGUGAUGGUGCAUAUACUCGUGAACAAGUGUAAUAACUUUGGCAAAAGAAACGAACGACGAGCCGGUUUUGAUUCAUCCAUUCGGAAUAUCUUUUGACAGUGAAUCGAACAUGAAAAAAAUAACAGAGUAAAUGAGAACCAAUCUAGUAGUAACUUACGAAAUUCAAACAAUAAAAUUAAAUAGCAUUGACACUAUAAUUUGAAAAAAAAAAAAGAAAGAAUGAAAGUAAACCAAUAAGACUGUUUUGCCAACCAGCUAACCAACCAAAAAAGAAAAAAAGACGAACUUCAAAUAUAUAAAUCACGGAACAAUACAAAAAAUUGUUUGAUUGUGAUUUAUUUCUGUUGAUAUGUAUUUGUGAUUCACAAUUUGACUGCUGCUUUGACUGAAAGUGAUGAAAUAUUCAUGCUUUUUGAAUAAAAAAUUUUAUGAAUGGAAGCAAUUUAAAAACAUUUUCAUACCACAAACAUUAAAACUUACGAUGAUUUCAUCCGAGAUCUAAGCAAAGGAAAUUAUUGGAUUAAAUCAUUUAUUUUAUACGGAAUCGAUAAGAAUCAAAACUUCAUCUCUUCAUUUUUCUGCUGAGUCAUCAAAUCAUCCUGACCAAUAUGGCGGUUAAUAGCCAGCCUCGAAGCAUCACACCUGAAGGUCAACAGGAAUAUGAUGUCACUCGUAUGCGUGAGGAGGAUUUUGAGAGAUUGGCUGUUUAUAUUGUGCCCGAUGUUUCAUGCGAACGUGGAACCAUUAGCCGAGCAGAAAAAACUCUACCAAGAAGCUUAACAUUGAAACCAUCGCUCGUUCUAUCUACGCCGAGUGUAAAGACUGAAGGUGUGUGGAGUACGGGCGUCAUUCCACGUGGAACUCGAUUCGGACCCUUUGAAGGGAUUCCAACACCAAACUAUCCAAGUGAUAAAUGUUCAUGGAGAUAUUUUUGGCGGGUGCAGGGAACUACUCAUGUAACAUACGGAAACAUUAAGAUAUUCAAGGACGACGAUUACUAUUAUCUCGAUGGAUCUGAUACAAGACAGGCGAAUUGGAUGCGAUUUGUAGCGUCCGCCUACAGUUUGCAAGUCAUGAAUUUGGUUGCAUGCCAGCAUCAGGACAACAUUUAUUUUUACACAAUUCGUGAUAUAAUGCCAAAUGAAGAGCUUAUGGUGUGGUAUUGUCGCGAUUUCGCCAAAAGACUGGGAUACGAUGUGGAUCCAGAACGCACAACUUAUUCUAUCUGCAAGGAAGAAGCAAUGAAGAAGUUUCCCCCAAAAACAUCACCGGUCGCUCCAGAAGUUGCAUUUAAUCAUGUAAAAUAUGUGAUGGGUUUUGCUUUGCCACCACAAACAUCACCCAGUCCAUCGCCACCAUUGCAAUCUACAGUUCAACCACAGUUACAAUCUCAAGUAAAUUUGUCUCAACAAUCGCAACAAAAUUUAACGCUAAAAAAUGGACGUCCGUUACAUCAAACUGUGGUGCAUUUGCGUGAAGCGCGCGAAAAUCAAGAGGCCAGAAAUAUGUUGCCGGUUCAGGUGCUGUCACGUGAUCAAUCGCCAAUUCGUGAAGGCAGCAAAGAGAAAGAAGCACAUUCUCCAAUCUCACACAAAGAUACGCAUUACGAACAUCAAUUGACACCCAACGAUGGAUCAGUUCGCUCAGAUGAAGGUUAUCAAAGCAAUGAACAUUUCGAAGAUGGUUUAACACCACCCGAAGAUUACAGCGAUAGCGAAGAUGAAAACAAUUAUGUACUAGAUUGCUCGAAAAAGGCGAUUGAGCCAAAAGAAACAGUACUGUGCAAAUCCGAGGACAAAAAUGAGUACCGCAAAGUGAAAAUGAAAAUGCCAUUGAAAUACGAAUUCAAAAAGAAGUCCAUCAAAUUGGAGCAAAUUAGCAAGGACUCACCAUGUACGGACGACGAACUUAUGCCUCUCCAGUCCAAAGAACCAUCAUCUCCGCGUCGCGUUAUAACACCGGCUACAAGUACGGUGAUUGUAUUAGAAAACUCAUCAGCACACACAAUUGUUCCUUUAACGAAACCAUAUUAUGAAGCAACGGCUUCAGAAACUGUUUCGUCACCAAUUAUGGGCUACACACCUCCAAGUUCUAGUAUUUUAGAGACCAUUUUAACGGGCAAUCGUGUAAUUUCCGGAACACGACAACCUAACGCGACUCCGCCACCGACUUCUCCGACAGAAAUGGCAUAUUCCUACAAAAAAUCUCACCGGUAUGGAAACGCAUGUAGUCCAGAUUCGAGCUCAAAUUAUACUCCAAAUUGUCAAUCGAUCAAUACCCCCGAGACAAUCGAAACAAAUGACACGCCAAAGGAGCGGUCACCAACUCCUCCGAUUAUACCAUCGUUAACUUAUGGAAGUCAAACUAGUACACCAGCUUCGAUGACAUAUGAACAACACCGAACAUCACCAUUUUCGUACAUGCUUUCAUCAGCAAACAAUGUAAUCUCACAUGUACCUAGUUCUACGUAUUCGCCGCCGUUAAGUAACGGUCACUACGAACGUAUUUCCAAUCAUUCAUUGUCUCCAUCGGGAAGUUUGCUCUCAUUACAAGGUCAACUCCUAAAUCAUCCGAUUAUGACACCACUGACACCAUUGCAACGAUUAUCGCCGAUGCGCGCAUCGCCACCGUGUAGUCUUAGUCCAGAUGGAUCAUGCACAAGAAGUGGCAGUCCACUGAGCCCUGGCGGUACGUCGCGUGGCUAUCGUAGUUUGCCUUAUCCAUUAAAGAAGAAAGAUGGAAAAAUGCAUUACGAGUGCAACGUGUGUUGCAAAACAUUUGGACAAUUGUCCAAUUUAAAAGUGCAUUUACGUACGCAUUCUGGUGAACGGCCCUUCCAAUGCGGCGUCUGUACUAAAUCAUUUACACAACUUGCCCACCUGCAAAAGCAUCAUCUCGUUCACACAGGCGAAAAACCUCAUCAAUGCAAUAUCUGUAAAAAACGAUUCUCAUCUACAUCAAAUCUCAAAACACAUCUUCGUCUGCAUAGUGGUCAAAAGCCAUAUGCUUGUGACUUAUGCCCGCAGAAAUUCACGCAAUUUGUGCAUUUAAAACUUCACAAACGGUUGCAUACAAACGACAGACCAUAUGUGUGUCAAGGUUGCGACAAAAAAUAUAUCAGUGCAUCAGGGCUUCGAACACACUGGAAGACGACGAGCUGUAAACCGAACAAUAUUGAAGAGGAAUUAGCACUUGCAGCAGCAGCCACCAACGAAUGCUUGGAUAAAGAACACGACAAUGAUGCGAAAGAUAUGUACGAGGUCCAACAGAUUCACAUGCGUAAUGUAGAUCAUCAUCAUAUGCCCAAUUCUCCGUCGCGCUUAUUAAAUAUUCACUCUCAUGCGCAUUCACUACAAUCGAACCCACCAAUGCACCAAUCCCAAAAGAACCAUCUCUUACAACAACAAAGCCAACAGCAAACACAGCAACAGUCUCAAAACCAAUCUCUUCAGCAACCACCUACAGUUCAACAGGCACAAUCAAACGGACAUUACGUGCAUCACACACACCAACAAUCAAACGGUGAACGACCCAGUGUUAUUGAAUCAAAUCAAGGAUUAAUAAUUGAAUGUACGUAAAUAUCCCGACAAUUCGUUGUAUGUUUGUGUGCCUGCCGGUGUAAAAGAGAAAGAGCAGACUACAAUGUUCCGAUUCUAAGAUUAAACUGAAGCUACAAUUGAGAGGUUUUUCAAAAGACUUGUGAUUAUUAUUGUUUAAAAUAAAGCUAAAUUUAAAUGAAAACAGAUGAAAGAACAAUACAUAAAUGAUACACAGAACAAAAAUUGAAUUAUUCAAUAAACGAACUAAAAUUAUUAAUUGUAAUGAGAGCUUGUGACUGACCCAUUUAGAUAUUUAGACUAAAUGAAUAACUAAAUUAUGUUAUAACCGUAAAUGAUGGAAAGAAUGAGCGAAUAUAAUAAUGACUAAAUGAUGAAUGGCACUUUUGCAAUGAAUAGAAGAAAAAAAAAAUCGAGCGUUAAGAAUACUUUAUACAAAAUAAAUUUAAAACAAAAAUUGAUAUGAAAAAAGCUUAUUAAUUUAAACAAUAUUGAUUAUUUUCAUACAAUUAUUACAGUUAUAAAGAUAAUCUUAUGUGGUUAAACAUAGGCUAACUUAUGGCUAUAUUUUAAGGUAAAAUUUAAUUUUAAAUAAUUGGGAAUAAUAAGACUCAGAACAAAUACAAAAAAAUUAUUGCUUUUUGGACAAAGCAGUAUGAGAAAAAAAAAAGUUGAAUAACGUAAACGCACAGGUAAAAUAAGAACGCAUUCUAGAAACUGCAUUCAAUAAAAAAAAAAUUGUGAGUUUAAA